UUUUUUUACUCUCUACUCUACUAAAAAGCAAGCAUAUAUACACAAGAAUGAAGGAAGCCCUUGUUAUUGUUGAUGUCCAAAACGACUACUUCCCUAAUGGAAAAUUCCCUACUGACAGUCCAGUCGAAACUGCUGAAGCUAUUGCCAAACUGAUCCAAAAGUUUAGAGAAGAGAAGAAGGAAGUUGUCCAUGUUACCCAUGUUGUUCCAAACCCUACCGAGAAAUUCCCUUUCUUUCAAGAAGGCACAUGGGGCGUUCAAGUUCAUGAUCUGGUCAAGCCUCUUCCAACUGAGAAGUACAUUGUCAAGAACUACUCUAAUGGGUUCCACGAGACUGACCUUGAGGAGCACCUUCGCAGCAAAGGCAUUGAUAGAAUCAUAGUCGUUGGCAUGAUGAUCCAUAACUGCGUGAAUGCUACGGUUUAUGCAGGCAAGGAUGCUGGAUUUGACUGUAUCGUUGUAGAUGAAGCUGUAAACACGUUUGAUCAAGCGCUCCAUGGUGAAGUUAUUAAGGCCAAAGAUAUCAAGAAGGCGUUCCUUGCUGGUAUCCAGUUUUACUAUGCAAAGGUUCUCAAGCUUGAAGAUGUCCUGAGCAACGACUAUUAAAGAUAUGAUUUGACAUAAAUAAACCACAGCUUUGAAUAAAGCGACCUUUUUUUAUCUUAUAUUCUUUCACCUCUUUUAUAAAUCCUUUCUUUGAAAGAUUUAUAAUCUUUCUAUUUCUUUUUUUAUUUACUUUAAAUUCUUCUGAUCCAGUAUCAACCUCAUAAUCUGAAUCGAG